CGCAUGGAGUAAUUGGGCGCUGAAAAGGAAGCGUCUCUUCAGUAGAGGAGUCUACGAGCAGCUACAACAGCAGUACUCACUAUAAACAACCUACUACUCUGCCUUAGAGCAUCGUGACAGAGCGCAGAGUCUGGAAUAUGGCUGAUAAAGAGGUGUAUGAUGAUGCGGUGGAAGAAAGGGUCAUCAAUGAAGAGUACAAGAUCUGGAAGAAAAACACACCUUUCCUGUAUGACCUGGUGAUGACUCACGCGCUGGAGUGGCCCAGCCUCACUGUCCAGUGGCUUCCAGAUGUCAACAGGCCAGAGGGGAAGGACUAUGCCGUUCACAGGCUGGUUCUGGGGACCCAUACAUCAGAUGAGCAGAACCACCUUGUGAUUGCCAGCGUCCAGGUACCAAAUGAUGAUGCCCAGUUUGACGCCUCGCACUACGACAGCGAGAAAGGAGCAGAGUUUGGUGGAUUUGGCUCAGUAAGUGGGAAAAUCGAGAUCGAGAUCAAGAUCAACCACGAGGGAGAGGUCAACCGAGCCCGCUACAUGCCCCAGAAUCACUGCAUCAUCGCCACCAAGACUCCCACCUCUGACGUGCUGGUCUUCGACUACAACAAGCACCCGUCUAAGCCAGAUCCCAGUGGGGAGUGUAGUCCUGACUUGAGGCUGAAAGGCCACCAGAAAGAAGGCUACGGCCUUUCCUGGAAUCCUAACCUCAGCGGCAACCUACUCAGUGCUUCCGAUGACCAUACCAUCUGUCUAUGGGACAUCGGUGCCGGCCCAAAGGAAGGGAAGAUUGUGGAUGCAAAGACCAUCUUCACCGGCCACACAGCAGUGGUGGAAGAUGUCUCCUGGCAUUUGCUCCAUGAAUCCCUGUUUGGCUCAGUGGCCGACGACCAGAAGCUCAUGAUAUGGGACACUCGGUCCAACACCACAUCCAAAGCCAGCCACGCAGUAGAUGCUCACACUGCUGAGGUCAACUGUCUGAGCUUCAACCCCUACAGCGAGUUCAUUCUCGCCACUGGUUCUGCUGAUAAGACUGUUGCACUGUGGGAUCUAAGGAACCUCAAACUGAAGCUCCACUCCUUUGAGUCCCACAAAGAUGAGAUUUUCCAGGUACAAUGGUCUCCUCACAAUGAGACGAUCCUGGCCUCCAGCGGCACCGACCGACGCCUCAACGUCUGGGAUCUCAGUAAAAUCGGUGAGGAGCAGUCAGCAGAAGAUGCUGAGGAUGGCCCACCAGAGCUGCUGUUCAUCCACGGCGGCCACACAGCCAAGAUCUCCGACUUCUCCUGGAACCCCAAUGAACCCUGGGUCAUCUGCUCAGUGUCCGAGGACAACAUCAUGCAAGUGUGGCAGAUGAGCGGGGAAGUGAGAUCAGAUCACAAGUGGUCACUCAAGACGCAUGUGGAGAUGCAUGUUAAUACCAGGUCUGAACAGGGCCUUGGUCAACCCAGCGUCAAAUGAGAGCUGAGGCAGAGAAUAUCUACAAUGACGAGGAGCCAGACAACACCCCUGCAUCAGAGCUGGAGGCUCAGGGAUCCUAACCCAGCUCUGCAUGAGGCUCUCUCCAGGCACCCUCCCAUCCCCACCCCCACCCAACCCAGCCUGUCAUUUCC